UUAUUUGAAGCUUAACAAUGGGUUGAUACUUAAAAUCCUUAUCAGGUCUCAUUUUAAAUAGAGGUCAGUGUCAGGAGUUUUCAGAUUUAGGAGAAACACCUCUAAAAUUAAACAUGAAGCUGCAUGUAGUACUUUUCAUCGUAGGAGCAGUUUUGGUACUUGAAACUCUUGGUGACACAGUUGCACCAAGUGAGUCGCCCGUAAUUGGGGGGGAAUCAGGAAGUCCCGAAGUAAGUCAUCAAACCACAAGACAUCCCCAUGUGAGUCGUCAACCUAGAACAAGGCAUCCACAUGUGAGUCGUCAACCUGGAACCAGACAUCCACAUGUGAGUCGUCAACCUGGAACAGGACGUCCGUUAUUCAGCCGUCCUCCCGGAACUGGACGUCCGUUGUACAGUCGCCCUCCCGGAACUGGACGUCCGCUGUUCAGUCGUCAGCCAAGAACAGGAGCUCCCUUUGUCAGUCGGGAGCCUCGCACCCGCCGCCCUACUUUACCUCCAAGAACUCGUCUCCCACCACCAACUAGAGUUCCACUGACAAAGUGUGCCACCGCAGAAGAUUGCUCAGCGGGAGAAUGCUGUGUUACCCAGACGAUUUUACCUUUUAAGAGAGGAGUUUGCUUGUCCCUGGGAUCAGAAGGUCGUCAUUGCACCACGGAGGAAGAUGCUGUUCUUUCAAAUGGAAUGUACUAUCGACACUGCCCUUGUGCCACUGGUUUGGAAUGCGUGGCUGAAUCAAUUAAAGUGAUUCCAAACAUUGGUGAAGUAAAAAUCAACGAAAGAUGCACAACAGGCUCAACCACAGUAGAAGAGUAGAAAGUUUUAGAACAACUCUCUCUUCUUCGAUCGACGGAAUAAAAUGAAAGAACGACAGUCUAGAUGUAUGGCAGCUCAAGUUAUACAUUUUCAUGCGAAUUUCAUUAUGAACUUCUACUAAACACUACAAAACAUUACAAAACACCACAAAACACUACUCUAAAAUUGUAUGGGUUUCAGUUAUGACUUUAAAACCUGAGAAAUGAAAAAGUACUUCAUAUGUUGCUUAAGAUCUACUUGUCUGUAUUGUAGCAGUACAGUACUUUAGAAGUAUUUUUGUAUUUUAGAACUACAGAGUAAAUAAAAUUUACAACAACGUC